AUGGAUUUCGUGAAGUUUCUCGGCAGAGGCUCCUACGGUUCCGUCAUUCUCUACAAGUUCCAGAAUCCCGACGGCACGCCCCAGUACACCGCCGUGAAGUUUUCAGACUGCAGACACUACGAGGCGCUGAACAAAGAGGUUCAGAUUCUUUCCAAGCUCAGAGGUGUUCCUAGAAUCGUCCAAUGUUACGGGAACUGCCUGGCUGGAUCUUUCACCAAAGACGGCGUAGUAUACAGAAUGUACUUGGAGUAUGCGGAGCGUGGAAGUCUGAGAUCGUUCAUGAACAGCCACCACAACGGGAGAUUGCCCGAAGGGAUGGCCAGACAGUUCACGCGUAUGAUCCUCGAAGGUCUGGUCUCUAUCCACAGCCUCGGCUACGUCCACUGCGAUCUCAAACCCGGAAACCUCCUCGUCUUCCCGACAUCAUCCUCCUCCUACGAAAUAAAGAUUGCGGAUUUCGGGAUGUCGAGGCGCGAUGGGGAUGAAUCGCAUGGUCCGUUGUUUGUGGGCACACCGCGGUAUAUGUCGCCGGAGUCUGUCUCCGAGGGCAGAAUCGUAAAAGCCCUAGAUCUGUGGUCGUUGGGAUGCAUUGUGUUGAAGAUGUUGACCGGAGAAUCGGCAUGGCCGGAGGAGAAAGGCGUGGAUUAUGUCAUGCAUGCCCUGCUGGCUGGCCGUACACCUAUGGUUCCCGAGUGUCUGCCUUUGGAUGCAAGGAAGUUUCUGGAAACUUGCCUCGCAAGAAAACCAGAAGACAGAGGAAGCGCUUCUUCGUUGUUGGCCCAUCCCUUCUUUUUCUGA